AUUUUCCAUAAAUACAUGCAACAAAUGCAUGUUUACACUGAACAGGAAUUCAAAGAGGAAGACCCUAUAUAAAGAUCUAUUUAUGUGUGCAAGUGAUUUUUUGGUCGUUAAGUAUAGGUGCCAUAUAUGUUGGAUAUAAUAGUAAGGGAAUAAAUUUAUAAAAUAUGAGUAUUUUUCCUACUUGAAAUGUUAGGUAAAGAUGUUAAGUACUCAAAAGCUGCAAGUUUGUAUAUUUUGAGUAUACUGUCACAGAUUCUCUAUUUUAAGAAUAGAUGAGGAAGCCUCUCUUAUAAGCUAGUCUAAAUAGUUCUAAGCUCUAUCCUCAAAGAAUACUUUUCAAAUAGUAUACACAUUUGGACAGUCCUUUUUAAAAAUUUCAUUUGUGUUAAAAAUCAACCCAAGUGAUUUACUUUUGACCUGUCAUUUCCUGUCUUCUUCUUUUUCUUCUUUUUUAAAAAAUUAGGCCAGUCUUCAGAGACCUGAGAUUAAACUUGAAUCACUAAAAGAAGAUAUUAAGGAAUUCUUUAAAAUAUCAGGUUGGGAGAAGAAACUUCAGAAUGCUGUUUAUAGUGAACUUAGUGUGUGAGUUUUCCCACACUGUUUUGAGAUACUGUUUGGUUUAGCUAUAUUUACUUUAUUUCCUUUACCAAGUCAUCCUGCUGCACCUCCUGAGCAUCUUAAAGAACCUUUGGUAUACAUGAGGAAGGCACAGGGAAGUUGGGAAAAAAGAAUUUUGAAGAGUUUAAAUAGUAUGUGCACUGAACUGAGUAUCCCAUUGGCACGAAAGAGGCCAGUUGGAGAACAAAAAGAACUUCUUAAUAAAUGGAAUGAAAUGGGAACUGAUGAACCAGAUUUAAGCCUUUUCAGACCUGUUUAUGCACCUAAGGAUUUUCUUGAGGUAUUAAUUAAUCUUCGCAACCCAAAUUAUGAAAAUGGUGAUUCUCUUAGUUUCAGGACUCAUUUGGGUUUAAUCCAAGUUCCUCUGAAAGUAAAAGACAUCCCUGAAUUGAAAGAAUGCUUUAUAGAACUUGGCUUAAAUACAGGACAACUGGGAAUAGAUGAUUCUACACAAGUGCCUCCUGAACUUUUUGAAAAUGAGCAUGUACGUAUUGGGCAGAAAGUUCUAGCAGAACAAGAUAGUGCUGCGGCUCAACAGUAUGUAAGACAAGGCAGUCCCACUGCACUGAGAGCUGAACUGUGGGCUCUCAUUCUGAAUAUUUCCAGUCAACCUGAGGAUAUCUUGUAUUAUGAGCAGCUUAAGACCAAUGUGAUACAACAUGACCUUUUGGUGGACAGUCUAAUUUAUAAAGAUGUGAAGUUGACAGCAAGCAAUGAUGAUUAUUAUUUUGUAUUUGAAGAUUAUUUAUAUCAGGUAUUACUCUGUUUUUCCCGGGAUACAUCUGUAUUGAGUCACUUUGCAUAUAACAGUGCUUCACCACCGAAAUCGUAUAUAAGAGGAAAACUGGGACUAGAAGAAUAUGCUGUCUUUUAUCCACCAAAUGGUGUUAUCCCUUUUCAUGGAUUUUCAAUGUAUGUUGCACCACUUUGUUUUCUAUACCAUGAACCUUCCAAAUUGUAUCAGAUAUUCCGUGAGAUGUAUGUACGUUUUUUCUUCAGACUUCAUUCCAUUUCUUCUCAUCCUUCUGGUAUUGUGUCACUCUGUUUGCUGUUUGAAACUCUUCUUCAAACUUAUCUUCCCCAGCUCUUUUAUCAUCUACGAGAAAUUGGGGCACAACCACUUCGCAUAUCAUUUAAGUGGAUGGUUCGAGCUUUCUCUGGAUACUUAGCUACAGAUCAACUCUUGCUUUUGUGGGAUAGAAUCCUCGGAUACAACUCUCUGGAAAUUCUUGCUGUCCUGGCAGCUGCCGUGUUUGCUUUCCGAGCAGUGAACCUGAUGGAGGUGACAUCACUGGCCGCAGCUGAAGCAGUUCUUGCUGACCUUUCUACUUUAAAAGUUAUGCCUCUUCUUCAGAUUUUUCUGUUUGCUACUGUCACCUGAUCUUCUUCAAGGUCACUGACAACAAAUCUAGUUUUUCAUUAGAAACUAAUCAUGAACUAUGCAAACUCUGCAUAAAACCAAAAUUAAACUUUGCAUAUAAGCCAAUAAAGAUCAUGUUCCCUCCUCAGUUAAA